AAAUUAUAAAUAAAUCUUUAUAAAAACAUUAUAUAUUGAAUAUAUAAAAUGAAUCAUUAAUUUUGUAAUGAAUAUUUGGAGUAGAGAGUGGGAGAUCAUUUAUAAUUUAUCACGGGCCAGUUUAUCAAGUGAAUUCUAUUGGUAAACAACAAUGGUGUAACUGUAGAAUUACUCAGUUAUUUUAACCAAUACUUUGUUAAGUUAAUUGAAGAAGAAUGGCGUCUAAAGAUAAUAAUGAAGUUGUUGGACAAAAUAUGUUAACAGAGAACAAAAAAGAAUUAGUAGAAUUAAAAAGUAAUCCGACCACAAAAAGCAUUAUCACCGAGUUGAUGAAGAAAAUUCAAGUAAAAGAAUUUUCAGAUGUUAACAGUAACCAAUCAUCUGGAGUACAGUGUUGUCCUAAAAAUAGUUCAGCAGAAAAAUUCAAUAAUGACAUGAUAAAUGUUGAAGAAGCUGAACGAGUGGAUAAUGAAGAAGAAAAAGGAAAGACAGUGAGUCAACAAGACAAUUCUAGAAUACUUAUUGAUAAUUCUAAAAAUAAUAACUCAGAACUUGAAAAAGAAUCAAUAGACGUUGAAAUAGGAAGAAAUACUAGAAAGCGUAAAAGUUCUGAUGAUCAAUGCAACAAAAAGCUAUCAACGAGUAGUGAUGAAUGUGCCAAAUUUAAAAGACUCAAAAGUUCAAGUGACAAUUAUUGUUGGCGCUGUCAUAAAGACUCUACCGAAGUUCAUUGUACUACAUGUCCGCGUUCGUGGCAUCGUAAAUGUCUGGGAGGAAUAAUUCCUUCAUCAACAUCACAAACAUGGAUAUGUGGUGAAUGUGCGAGUAUUUUACAAGCGGAAAAUGCAUCAACUCGUCCGCCUAUUAUGUCUCAUCUUACUAUUGAUCAACUUUGUAUGGUAUUCAGAUAUAUGAUUGAACGCAUGCGGAAUUGUCCUGGGUCGGAACCGUUUUGGACCGCAGUUGAUCUAGAGGAUGUUCCUAAUUAUCUGGAUUAUGUUGUCAAACCAAUGGAUUUAACGUUAUUGGAAAAUAAUGUUAAUUCCAAGUUUUAUGGAAGUACUGAUGCUUUUAUGGCUGAUGCAAAAUGGAUACAACAUAAUUGUAUUGUUUUUAAUACAUGUGGAGGAGUUUAUGCAGAUACUUCUAAAUUAACUAAUGCCGCUAAACAAAUCAUCAAAAUUGCUCGACAAGAGGUUUCAGAGUUUGAAGCUUGUCCAGAUUGCUAUACGCGUGGUCGCAAUUUACCACGGCCGAAUCCGUCCUGGUUCAUAGAAGCAUGUCGUCAACCUCAUCCGCUUAUCUGGGCUAAGCUCAAAGGUUUUCCCUUUUGGCCAGCUAAAGCAUUACCAAGGAUAAACACUCAAGGACAUAUAGACGUAAGAUUUUUUGGAGAGCACGAUCGUGCAUGGGUAUCAUUGAAAGAUAUAUAUUUAUAUUCUCGUGACCCUCCAACACCUUUGCCACGUAAGAAAAGGCUCGAAAUGGUUGAGUGUAUUAAAGAAAUUACUCAUCAUUGUAAAAAAUUGGAAUUAGCUUUUGGACCUUUUACAUUUGCACCACUGCGAACUCCAUAUAAUCCACAAGAUCCUGCACAGAUAAAAUUACUUCUGCCAGAGUAUGAUCCAUUGCGAGCGUAUGAUUUAAAAGUGCCACUUUAUCAAAAUAAUAUUAGUUUGACAGAAAAACAAGAACCAAAUACAAAUCCUUUAACUGUGGUUUCAAAUGGACCAGCAACAAGUAAUCAAUCAUCGAGCAUAGAAGUUGAAACUGAAUCAAAUAUCGAUGAAAAAGUGGCUGAAAUAAAGAAUUCUACAAAUGUAGCAUCAUCAAAAGAAGAUGAUCAAGCUCAAUCUUCACAAUUAUCACCAAAAAGUGAUAAGUCAAUAAAAAAUAUCAGUUCGAGUCCUCAAAAGCUUAUAGCAAAGAAGAUUCAAACAAAAAAAAUACAAAAUAAUGUAAAUGAGACUGUAAAAAAUAUACAAUCAAAAAAUAAGCAAAAUUUAAAAAAAAGUAUAACAGAAAAAAGUGUAAAUCAAUCGACACCUGAUAAAGUUAAUAGACCAAUAAUAACUCGAGUGUAUAAAUCGAAAACGAAAAGUGUCGAUGAGCUUAGUAUAGACGAACAAAAGUGCAAUACAGAAAAGUCAGAAACUUUAUUAAUAAGACCAUUAAAUGUAGUAGAAAUCAACAAAAAACGAAAUAUAAAAAAUAUUUCAGGAACUAGUUCAACUAUUUUGCAUUCUUCAGUAUCAGCAGAAAGCAGUACAUCGGGAUUAUUACGAUUAUCUGAUGAAUCAAAUACGUCUGAGAGCUUAAAGGAAAUACCGCAGCAGUUUUCUAGCAACUCAAUAGAAUUAAAAAAUAGUUCAUCUCCUGAAAAAAGACCAAGUAAAGCGAAAAAAUCAUUUCCCAACAGACCACCUCCAAAACCAAAAUCAAUACCGCCUAAAAAAACUAAUUCUACAGACCCAAUGAUCAACAUUCCUAAUACAAUUAAUGAUAAUGGACUGAAUUAUCAGCUACCACCACCUGAGGCAGGUCCUCUCAGUGCACAGUUAAAUAAAGGAGCUAAUGAACUAGUCAGACAGAUGGCAAGGUUGAUCGAAGAAACUCUUAAAGAAGCUGCAGAGUCAAAAGUUAAUAACUUGAGUGAUUCUAUUGACACGCAUGAAGCUACGAUUUAUGCUUUGAGAUUACAAAUUGAGAGAAUGAGGUGGCAACAUCAGCAGCAACUUGCAGAACUUAAAUACAACACAGAUCAAACUCUAAAAGAAAUGAGAGCGAGUAUGGAAAUGGAGAGGAUUCGAACCAUUGAUGUAAUGCGGAAAGAAGCUGAAGAAGAAAGAACUCAAUUAAUUCUGAAGACUAAAUCAAAACAAUGGUGUUCGUGGUGUCACAAUGAAGCAUUUUAUUAUUGUUGUUGGAAUACGGCCUAUUGUAGUGAACAAUGCCAACAAAUGCACUGGACAACUCACAUAAAUAAAUGCGUUCAUAAAUUAACUAAUAAUGAUGUUGAAAGUAAUACUCAAAGAGAUAAUCCUCGGCAAUUAACACAUCAAGAAACAUCUACUAUGCCAACAUUGGUAAUGAGUGCUCAACAAAACUUAUCGAAUAUACGAGAAGCCUAAAUUUCUCAAAAUUAAUUGUCAAUUGUAAAUUUGCUGUUUUUUGUACUAAUUAUGUCGCUAUUUUUUGUUUAUAAAUUAAAUUAAAUUUUUCAUGAAAAAAGUUAAAAGAUUUAG